AUGAGUUUGUCACAAGGGAGAAUGAUGGUUAGCAACUAUUACCCAUUUUGUCCUCAACUUAAUCUUACCGUUGGACUCAAUUCCCAUGCGGAUCCAGGGGCAUUGACGAUAUUGGUUCAGGAUCAUAUCGGCGGCUUACAGGUUAGGACCCAACAAGGUUGGGUUCAUGUCAAGCCUUUUGAUGGAGCUUUGGUUAUCAACAUUGGAGAUUUACUUCAGAUAAUUUCUAAUGAAGAGUAUAAGAGUGUUGAUCAUAGGGUAUUAGCCAAUUCUUCUAAUGAGUCGCGAGUCUCAAUUGUUGUUUUCCUAGUGCCGGGUAACAAGGAAAAGCUCUUUGGACCUUUACCGGAGCUAACAUCAGCAGAAAAACCAAAUCUUUAUAGAGAGUUCACAUUCAACGAAUUUUUGCCAAGGUUCUACAAGAAAGAGCUAGAUGGUAAAGCAUUGACAAAUUUCUUCAGACAAUGA